CCAUCUUCAGGACACAAUGGUGGCUUGCUUGUAGUCGUCGAGAGAAGCUGGGAAAACAAAUCGUCUGCUCCAGUGGAUAAUGUCUGUGUAGCAGUUGUCUCAACCUUAGGACGCCUUCUAUUUAGAGAGCACCUCUUGGACGAGUUGUCUGUUCAUUCAAACAAUGAAUCUCGACUGGCCAGCCGGUGUACCCACUAAUGAGGCGGUUCUUCUGGAGUUGAGAAGAAGGCAAACAGAUCCACUGGUGGAGACGGUUGACAAGCCAACCUUCCCACUUGGCGUUGAGAGACGUCCCGACACUCUGCUUCACUUCGGCUGGAACCCAGUGUACUGGAGUGACUACCCGCUGCAGCCUAUGUGGACUGUAGCUCUGCCCAAGAUCCCAGCGCCAGUUCUCAGUAGACAACUGCCUCCGUUUCCAGAACUGCCCAGCUACUAUCCACCGACAGAGUGGAUGUCACUCCGUAGCUGCCCUAACUGGAUGCCAAAUCUGCCUCAGAGGACGUUCCACUGGAACCCUUAUGUCAGUGAUACCAACACUAACUUUAGAGAUCUUCUUGGUCCACCAACUUUCAAAUGUCAAUAAAAGGAUGCAACUCUACAAUAAUUCUUGACAUAUUAAUACUCGCGAUUGCUUCCCUUUCUCCAAACCAUUGACAAGAAGUCACCAUGACUAGGGACACACAGUAAAAUUACGAACUUAAACUAAA